AUGUUUUCAAAUGGAUCAGCGCUCACGGAAGAUCACGCUCUUAAUGGCCUCCCCCAAUUGGGAAAAUUGGUUCGAGGAAUUCUUGAUAAGUCAAUCAAGAAAGUCAGCGAGCGUGAUGCAGCCAUACGAGAUAUCGUCACAAUAGUUUCAAACUGUACCUCUUUUUACAUCAGUGGAGCCGACACUAAUAUAUAUCCAUUGAGCACCUUAAUUUCCGACCUAUGCUCCCUUGCAUUGCUAGAAGUGAAAGAGAAUGGAGAAAAGCUAGGAAAGAAUCGUGUUUCUUGCAAAACGACCUGCUUCGAGUUAGCAAUCAAUGUGCUCAAUAAGCUUUGUGACAGUCGGUUUUUUCACAUAUUUUUUGAGAUGUACUUUGCUUAG